AUGUUUUGGGGCCAGGGGGUGUUUUGGGGCUGGCCGGAGGGCAUCAGCCCGGCUCUCCUGCAGUACCUGCAGAUGAAGUGGCCGCUGCUGGACGUUCCCGCCGGCGCCACGCUGAAGGACAGCCGCUCACCCUCGCCCGCGCACUUGGGAACGCCGGGAGCCGUGGGCCAGAUCCCGCACCCGCUGGGCUGGCUCGUGCCGCAGCAAGGACAGCCCGUGUACUCCAUCCCUCCCGGCGGCUUUCGGCACCCCUACCCUGCCCUUGCCAUGAACGCCUCCAUGUCCAGUUUGAUGUCCAGCCGUUUCUCCCCGCACAUGGUCCCACCACCCACCCACGGGCUGCACCCCUCGGGCAUCCCACACCCGACCAUCGUCUCGCCCAUUGUGAAGCAGGAACCCACCCAGCCCAGCGUCAGCCCCGGAGGCAACUCGAAAUCCCCUGUCACUGUGAAGAAGGAGGAGGAGAAGAAACCCCAUAUCAAGAAGCCGCUCAACGCCUUCAUGUUGUACAUGAAGGAGAUGAGGGCCAAGGUGGUGGCGGAGUGCACGCUGAAGGAGAGCGCUGCCAUCAACCAGAUCCUGGGCAGACGGGCUGCCCUGGCCGUGCUGCAAACGCAGCCCCUUUCCCUGGUCACCAAACCUGCUGACUAA